CCGGCGAUCACGUCACACCCAUAAACAACGACAUAUUGCUUACUUUUAACGAACUGUGUCCUUAAAAAAAGUCACAUUUGUUGUGGAAGAAGACUCUCUUCUCUCCACAAGCUUCGCCGGAAUGGAGCUGACGGCGGCUUUCGUGAGAUACCAGUUGGAGCACUUGCAUCACUUGUUUGCCCUUGUCUGCAUUGUUGCCGUCGUCUACAAGUUGAGCACCUUGCUUUCUAAGAGGGCUGCGACUUUGCGAGUCACCGAGAAUUUUCCAGGACCACAGAGACACUGGCUUUUUGGAAACUUGUUGGACUUUCAAGAAGGACAAGAGUUUAACAACAUCUUGAAAUGGUCCCAGAAGUACCCUUACAUCUUCCCACUGUGGUUCGGCCCCUUUGUGUGUUCCUUCACCAUUAACCAUCCAGAUUACGUAAAAACCAUUCUGUCGUCAUCAGAGCCAAAGGAUGAUUUUGCAUAUAAAUUUAUCGAGCCCUGGAUUGGGGACGGGCUGUUGGUGUCAAAAGGCCAGAAGUGGUUUAGGCACAGAAGGCUCAUAACCCCGGCUUUUCAUUAUGAUGUUCUAAAACCAUACGUAAAGCUGAUGUCAGACUCUGCCCAGAUGAUGUUGGAAAAAUGGGAAAGUUACGCAAUCACCAACGAGUCCUUUGAGGUGUUUGAACAUGUGAGCAUUAUGACACUGGACAGCAUUUUGAAGUGUGCCUUCAGUCACAACAGCAACUGUCAACUGGAGAGUGGAAAAAAUGCAUACAUCAAAGCAGUGUACGAGCUCAGUAUUCUGACUAACAAGCGUGCACGGACGUUUCCAUACCACAACAACCUGAUCUUCUACCUGAGCCCAGUUGGCUACAAAUACAGAAAGGCAUGCAAGGUGGCCCACGAUCACACAAAUAACGUCAUAAGAAAGAGGAAAGAAGCGCUGAAGAACGAGAAGGACUACGAGAGCAUAAAGCACAAGAGACACUUAGACUUUCUGGACAUUCUUCUCCUUGCAAGAGAUGAGAACCAGCAGGGUUUGUCAGAUGAAGAUAUGCGUGCAGAGGUGGACACCUUCAUGUUCGAGGGCCACGACACCACAGCCAGUGGCAUCUCUUUUAUCCUCUACAGUCUGGCCUGCAACCCAGAGCACCAGAAGAUGUGCAGGGAGGAGAUCAAUCAAGUCCUGGACGGCAAGGACACCAUGGAGUGGGAGGAUCUCAGUAAAAUCCCAUACACGACGAUGUGCAUAAAGGAAUCCCUCCGUCUCUUCCCGCCUGUACCGGGAAUGUCCAGAAAAAUCACCAAACCCAUGACUUUCUUUGAUGGAAGGACUUUGCCUACAGGUACACAGAUCGGAACGAGUGUGUUCGCGAUUCACAGGAAUGCAACAGUUUGGGAAAACCCCGAUGUGUUUGACCCGCUGCGUUUCCUACCCGAGAAUGUUAAGAAGAGGUCCCCUCAUGCUUUUGUGCCUUUCUCAGCUGGUUCAAGAAACUGCAUCGGUCAGAACUUUGCCAUGAAUGAGAUAAAAGUGGUGACAGCACUGGCACUGAAGAGAUACCAUCUGAUAGAAGACCCCACAAGGAAACCCAAGAUCAUUCCCAGACUGGUUAUGCGCUCUCUCAACGGCACCUACAUCAAGAUCAAACCAGUAGAGCCAGGAGAGUAAAGAGAGAUGACCACAGGAAACACUGGACCCGAGUCAGAGAAGGGAACACUUUGUGAAGCUGUUAUAAUUGCUGAUAUUUGAAAAGCUUUACGCUGAUAUCAAAUCACUAACUGAUUAAGAGGGAAAUUUACCUUGUAGCUACACUGAUGAUCAUUUAUCAUACCACAGAAGGUUUAAAGGUUGCACUUUAUUUUUGUGCUAUGACAUAAUGUAUGUAGUAAAUAAAUACAUCUUUGAAAGUAAACCUUUAAAUGCUUCAUUUGAAAAUGCACUAUAAUGGAUAAUUUACUGUACGUUCUUAUCAUUCAAAAUGCAGGAAUUCAAUAUACUUCAUUUUAUGAUGACUCAGCAUUUUUAUAAAGCUCACUGACAUUUUGUCGGUUCAAUUAUUUCAUUUCUAUGAAAACUUAAACAUUAACAAAGUUUACUAUCCAAGUGUUAAAGAUUCAUCUAUGGAAGUAGGUUGUUAAAAUUUCCUAUGCUGCAUGAGCAUUUUUUUUAAUGAGGUCCAAAGUAUAACUGGACACACACACACAGAGGUAUAUUGUGUCAAAUCAAUCCACAGAUUUAUGUCGUAGAUAAGUGUGCAGUAUAGAAGUUAAUCGUAUAGGAAUACAAAAUUCACACUCCCACAAGGGCAACAAGUCAUCAGCAGAUUGUAAAAGUAAAAGUCCUCCAUGUUCCUUGA